GGGGUUUAAUUUUCUUUUAAAAAAAGAAAACCCCACGGACUUCCAGACGAUGCAUAUUAGGGUUUGCGAAUUCAGAAGCCCCCGAUUCGCAAACCGAAAGCAAAUAUUUCUGCCCCCUUUCUCUACGCUUUCAUAUAUCGUCCCCGAUGGCGAAUGUAAACGCUGAUGAUCUCACGAACGCUGCGACCAAACACGGCAACAACGACGAAAACAGCAGUAAAAGCCCGAACCAAACGCCCGUUCCAUCAACCAGCCUAGAUCGGCCCGAAGACUCUUCCGGUAACGCACUAUACGCCACCAAUCCCGUUUCUGAAGGGCCGAAGAAGAACGCCCAGGAAUUGAAGACCACAGUAGCCGCAGCAGCUGUUCUCGUGGGGACUACGGAUGCUUCGGGUUCUAGUAUUCAGAAGAAGAUCCGCCGUGCAGAGCGCUUUGGGAUGGCAGUCAUGCUCUCAGAGGAAGAGAAGCGCAACUCGCGUGCAGAAAGGUUUGGAACUGGGCCCACGCUGCAGGGAUCAGAAGCAUUGACAAAAUCUGAGGAGCUGAAGAGAAAGGCUAGAGCAGAGAGGUUUGGGCUUUCAGUUUCAUCUGUGGCAACUGGUGAAGAAGCAAAGAAGAGAGCCCGCCUUGCCAGAUUUGCAGCUGCUCCAAAAUUAGAUGCACUUGAAGAGGAGACGAGGAAAGCAAUGACUGCCAGGUUUUCAGGUCCGACAAGUUCUCUCACGCAUGUGAAUGGCAAGGGGAAUAUUGAACCUCAGAAAGCAGCGAUUGCUGGAAAGGCUGGUGCGGGUUCCUGAACAGAGUUUUCUUUCACAGUAGUUGGGUCUAGCUAAUUAGCAUGUGAUUCUCUCGCCUCUUCUAUAACCACAUUUACAUUCUGACAUGAAUUUCCUGAUGCAUUAUUCUUCCGUUCCUGGAUAAGUAAUUAGUGCACAUCUCCGAGGGAGAGUAUGAAAAGUUCAUUCCCUUUCAGGGUGCAGCCUUUAAUACCAGUUUAGCUGGUGACGCCUUGAGUGGUUGCGACUACCUGUUGGUGUUUACUGAUCUCAAAAUCUACUAAAAACUUUAGAAAUUCUGAAUUCACUGCAUUGGGAGGAUGUGUCUGUGCGUGUAUGUGUGCGUGCUCAAGAAAUUCUGAAUUUGCUGUGCGCGCACGCGUGAAUAUUCAUGAUUUUGUGUUUGCAUGUGCACGGGCAGGGGUUUGCAUGUGUAAGUUUUCUCGUAUGCAAGAAUUGUUUCUAAUUGACAACUUUUCUUCCUUUUGUCUAUUCGGUGCGUCACUAUUAUUCAGUGUAAAACAACAAGAUUAGGUUGAGUCUGACAUCUAGAUAUAUCUGAAUCAAAAAUAUUAUUUUGAAUGGGCUGGUUUUUCAUUUCAUGAUCUCAUUAAAUUAAAGAAUGGGCAUUUGCUAGUGAUUUCACUGAGAUUCUCAGAAUGAUCAUAUCGAUUUUCAGUUUGGGUUAUGGUUUUUACCAUAGGAAUAAUGGCACCCUUGAAAAUAUUCAACUAAGGUAAACAUGCAUUUACAUAUGUUGAGGGCUCUACAGUAAUUGGAUUUAUGAAUGUAGCUGCAAAUUUAGGCUUUGUAAAGCAUGCUUCUUUCUUCCCUCCAAUUCAUCCAUAGGUGAUAGGACAUGUGAAACAUUGCGUUAGACUGAGAACAUAUCAAUGUAUUUAGUUUCUGUUACUGCUCUCCUGCACUUGAUCAUAAGAUGCUUGUAAAGAUUGGGGUGGUAUAGAUUGAAGGUAAAGAACUAAAUAUGUCAGAUGGAAGACAGAGAAAAGAGAGAGUUGUUAUCGGGACUGUCAAUUUCUUAAGGUAGGGAUUCAUGAAGGAAUUAUCUGAGCAUCACGUUUCAGAAUUUCUAAUAUUCUUAGUUGGCAUUUUGAGAUCAGUUAACACUUUACUGGUGCUUGUUUGUUUUGCUUGGCCUUACAGCGUGUAUUGAUUGUUUUGCAACUUAAGAUACUGGGAAUGGAGGAUGUUUUUGAUGACCAGACAUUAUUGUUUAGCUAUGUUAUUUUUAAAUUUACAUAUUCAGGGUUUUAUA